GCUUCCCGGACCUGAGGUGACAGAAGAGGAGGCGGUACUUCCCUGAACGGAGGCGGGCCUGAGGCGCGGCCGUCGUGCCUCCCGCGUCCCCCGGCCGUCCUCGCACUGGUUCCUCUCCUUCCCCGCCUUCCGCGGUCCUCAGGUUCCGAAGGCGGAGGCCGCACUGGUGGGCCCGGCGCAGGUUCCCAUGAACUCGGAAGUAAUCAUGGACCCCAUACAGGGGCAGGUGAAAUUUGAGGACGUGUUCGUAUACUUCUCCCAGGAGGAGUGGGGGCUCCUUGAUGACACUCAGAGGCUCCUGUACCGUGAUGUGAUGCUGGAGAACUUUGCACUUACAGCCUCUCUGGGAUAUGCAUCAUCUAUGUCCUGUGGGGUGGCCCCACUGGAGCUGGGCAACAAACCCUGGGUGUCAGACUGGGCACACAUGACUCCAACUGGGACCAGAGAAGCACAAAGUGGGUGUGGCCCUGGCUCUUGGCACGGAAUGGAAGUUGAGGAGAUACCUUUUAAGCGGAGGGUUUCUACAGAAGGCAUGUCACACAUCAGGACUCCCAAGGCAGGCCUGCCUACCCAGAAAGCCUACUCCUAUGAGACAUGUGGCCUGGUCUUGAAAGACAUUAUGCACUUGGCUGAGCACCAAGAAGCACACCCUGGGCAGAAACCAUGUGGGAAACAAUUCUGGUUCAAUGCAAACCUUCACCACCAAAAACAGCAUAGUGGAGAGAAACCCUUCAGAAGCGAUGAGGGCGGGGACUUUCUUGUGAACAGCUGCCCUGUCCAGCCAUUGGAAGUGCCAUUUACGACUGAAGAGGCUUGUAAGGACUUCUCAACUAGCUCAGGCCAUUUCCAGCACCACGCUCCUCACAGUAAGUGGAAGCUACAUGGUGACACCAAGUGUGCAGAGGCCUUUCACAGUGGACAAAGGCAUUAUGAGUGCAGUGAAUGUGGGAAAGCCUUUAGCCGCAAAGACUCACUUGUCCAGCACCAGAGAGUCCACACUGGAGAGAGGCCAUACGAGUGCAGCGAAUGUGGGAAAACCUUCAGCCGCAAACCCAUUCUUGCUCAGCACCAGCGAAUUCACACUGGAGAAAUGCCCUACGAGUGUGGCAUUUGUGGGAAAGUUUUUAAUCACAGCUCCAACCUUAUUGUACACCAAAGAGUUCACACUGGAGCACGGCCUUACAAAUGCAGUGAAUGUGGGAAAGCCUAUAGCCACAAAUCCACACUUGUUCAGCAUGAGAGCGUCCACACUGGAGAAAGGCCUUAUGAGUGCAGCGAAUGUGGGAAAUACUUUGGUCACAAAUACAGACUCAUUAAACAUUGGAGCGUUCACACUGGGGCAAGGCCUUAUGAGUGCAUUGAAUGUGGGAAAUUCUUUAGUCAAAGCUCUGACCUUAUUGCACACCAGAGGGUCCACAAUGGUGAAAAGCCCUAUGUAUGCAGCGAGUGUGGGAAAGCCUUUAGCCACAAACAUGUGCUUAUUCAGCACCAUAGAAUCCACACUGGAGAAAGACCAUAUAAGUGCAGUGAAUGUGGGAAGUCCUUCAGGCAAAGGGCUUCCCUCAUCCGACAUUGGAAAGUUCACACUGGAGAAAGGCCAUAGGAUAGCAGGGAAUAUGCUAUCUCCAUGUUCACCAGUGACUAAUGUUAGAGAGAAGCUCUGUGAGUCGCUUUGGAGAGUAGCCAUCAGCAGGAAGUUGAACCCCAUCCAUGUAAACACCCACCCCAGGAAGAUUCCUCUGAGGGCCCACUGUUCAGGAAGCUUUCUGGAGCAAUGUCACACUUUGUCACCUGCCCAGGACCCCCUACCAGAGUCCUAUCACUGCCAGUGUCUCUGAAAGAAGCCAUCCAUCUGUGCAAUGACAGAGUUCACGUUGUGCAAACAUCAGCCAGACACGCUCUGUUAGGCAGACCUGUGCUGCUCCUCCCUUCCCAAUAGGGAAUCCUCAGUAUCCUGAGCCCAUUGGUCCUCACUCCUUCCUGCCCCCUCCCCCAGCUGAUUUAAUCGUGGACAUGAACCAGUUUCAGCCAGGAGGAUGCAAGUUUUGUCUUGCUGGCCACAUGCAGAGGGUUCCAGUUUUUGUGGACAUUGUUGGCCUCAUGUGGCACUUGUGAUGGGUUUGUCCAGCCUCCAAGUUACCUCACUUGGGAUUUGCCUGCCCAAUAUACUGAUUUUGCAACAGAUGCCUUAGUUUUUAAACCACCUUUAAUCUGGGGGGUUCUGUUCACUGUGGGCUGGGUUGAAGAUAGAAGUGGACUCUGCCAGCACAAAAAGAUGGACAGCUUUUGUGAGACACCAGGUGUGGCAUCUCAGUGGUGUGAGCAGAACAGUGCUCAUUGUAGUUUCAGCCUUAUUGCUGCUCAACGCCUCCUGGAAGAAUGCUGAUCUGUGUGGGCCUGACCUUACAGCCUGUAUGCCAGGAUUAUCCAUGAGACCCUAAACGGUGCAUUUGUUGUGACAACCUCUGGUGUGUCUGGGAACAGCAUGAAUUUGGCCCUUUGUUCCCAGGGGAUGUUUCAUAUUUUCCAGCCCUCUUGAGGAGAACUUGAUCCCCUGGGGCGUGCCAAAUCCUUGAAAUCUAUUAUUCAUUAGACAGAUGUCACUGUCCCCUAAAAGGACCAGGUAGGAAUCAUCAUAAUUGGUACAGAGACACUGAUUAAUAGGGAGUUGGAAGACUGAAGCAACUGACAGGAUGUGACUUCUAAAAGUUUAUCCACAAAUGUUUCCCUCAUUAUGGCUUUGGUAUGAGGGCUUAUAGAAAUUCUCAGGGCUCCAAUAUUUGUGUCUCUUAUGGCUAUGGUCACUAUCAGAGCAAUUGCUUCAAACAUUUUCUGCAGUAAGCGACACAUAUUUAUAGUGUACAAUUUGAUAAGUUGGAAUAUGUUUGCACCUGUGAAACCAAGAUUCCUGAGUCUCUUUAUAAUCCCUCUCCUCACCCAUUCCCAGGCAAACACUCAUCUUGUUUUCUGUCACUAGAUUUCUUUGCAUUUCCUAGAAUUUUAUAUAUGACAUAUAUGGACUAAUUUAAUAAUACAUACCUGGCUUCUUUGACUCUGCAUAA